AUGGCUUCAUUCACCAUCCGCACGCCGUGCUCCUCCGCCAACAUCGGCCCGGGCUUUGAUGUUAUCGGGCUCGCAUUGACGCUCUAUCUCGAAGUGCGCGUGACAAUCGACUCGUCCACGACCUCGUCGCAACAACCACUCAACUGCCGCAUUACAUACGAAGACGCAAGUGGCAGCACAGAGAAAAUCAGCCUGGAUCCAGAAGUCAACCUCAUCACGCGCGUGGCACUCUACGUUUUGCGCUGCAACAACCAGCGCGCCUUUCCCGUCGAAACACACGUGCAUAUCAGAAACCCGAUUCCGCUGGGUCGCGGGCUGGGUUCAUCGGGGACUGCGGUCGUUGCGGGCGUGACGUUGGGAAAUGAGAUUGGGAAACUGGGGUUGAGCAAGGAGCGUCUGCUGGACUAUUGUUUGAUGAUUGAACGCCACCCCGACAAUGUAGCUGCGUCCCUCUUCGGAGGCUUCGUCGGAACAUACCUCAACGAGCUCAAGCCCGAAGAUAUUGCGCGCAUCGAAAUCCCACUGAGUGAAGUGCUGCCGGAGCCAGCCGGAGGCAUUGAUACAGGGAAGCAACCGCCCGCACCACCAGUGGGAAUCGGCCACUAUCGCAAGUUCGCCUGGGCCAAGGAGAUAAAAGCCAUCGCCAUAAUCCCAGACUUUGUCGUGCCCACUGCCAACGCGCGAGACGUGCUUCCCAAGGAAUACAAGCGCGCGGACGUGGUGUUCAACCUACAGCGCGCCGCGCUGCUGCCGCUCGCCCUGGGCACGUCGCCGCCAGACCCGGACAUGAUAUACCUGGCAAUGCAGGAUAAAGUGCAUCAGCCAUACCGGCAAUCGCUCAUCCCCGGGCUGACUGAGAUCCUGCAGUCCAUGACUCCCGCCACGCAGCCGGGUCUGCUGGGUAUCUGUCUGUCGGGAGCUGGGCCGACGAUUCUCGCUCUUGCUACAAACGACUUUGACGAUAUUGCGUCUCGCAUUAUUGCUCGGUUUAAGAGUCAGGGCAUCUCGUGUCAAUGGAAACUGCUAGAGCCCGCGCAGGAGGGUACCCUGGUUGACACUAAUUAG